AUGUCUGGCUUAAAUCUCACUGGCAUCCCUACGGGCACCGGUACAGGUGGUGACACGCUCACCACCGACCUUAACACACAGUACCAAGCCGCUGACAUGGUUUGGGUCGGCACUUCUGCCGCUUUGGUAUGGAUUAUGGUUCCUGGUAUUGGUUUGCUGUACUCGGGUCUUUCACGGAAAAAACACGCGCUCUCGCUAUUGUGGGCAUCCAUCAUGGCCGUAGGCGUGGUGUCCUUCCAAUGGUUUUGGUGGGGUUACUCUUUGGUGUUUUCUCACAGCACCAGGGGAAACGGAUUUAUUGGUACCUUGCAAUUCUUCGGUUUUAAAAACGUGCUGGGCGCUCCUAGCUCUGUGAGCUCUGUCCCUGAUAUCCUGUUCUCUCUGUUCCAAGGCAUGUUUGCCAUGGUCACUGGUAUUUUGAUGGUUGGUGGGUCGUGCGAACGUGCCCGUCUUUUCCCUAUGAUGGUGUUUUUGUUCCUGUGGAUCACCAUUGUGUACUGCCCAAUCGCGUGCUGGACUUGGAACGCGGAAGGGUGGUUGGCCGCCUUGGGUGCUCUUGACUACGCCGGCGGUGGUCCCGUCCACAUUUGUUCAGGUCACGGUGCUCUAAUCUACGCUCUUAUCCUCGGUAAGAGAAAUGACCCCAUUGCCAAGGCUGGAAUGCCCAAAUAUAAGCCCCACUCCGUGACUUCCGUCGUUCUUGGAACCGUCUUCUUGUGGUUUGGCUGGUUUGGCUUCAACGGUGGUUCCGCUGGUAAUGCCACCAUCAGAGCCUGGUACUCUUGCGUCAACACUAACUUGGCCGCUUCUUGCGCUGGUCUGACUUGGAUGUUCAUUGACUACUUCAGAUUCGGUCGCAAAUGGACCACCGUAGGAUUGUGCUCUGGUGCCAUCGCCGGCUUGGUCGGUAUCACCCCAGCAGCUGGUUUCGUCCCCGUGUGGGCCUCGGUCAUUAUCGGUAUUGUCACUGGUGCUGGCUGCAACAUUGCCGUUGACUUGAAGAACCUACUACACAUUGAUGAUGGUCUCGAUGUCUACGCUUUGCACGGCGUGGGUGGUGCCAUUGGCUCUGUUUUGACUGGUAUCUUCGCUGCCGACUACGUGAACGCAUCUGCCGGUGAUGAGGCUCUUCCUAUCGCUGGUGGGUGGAUCAACCACAAUUAUAAGCAGGUUGGUUACCAGCUGGCCGCUAUCUGCUCUACUGUUGCUUGGACGUGUGCUGUGACUUCCAUUUUGUUGCUAGUAAUGGACAGAAUUCCCUUCUUGAGACUAAGAUUGAGACCUGACGAGGAAGAACUAGGUACUGAUGGCGCUCAGAUUGGCGAGUUCACUUACGAAGAACACGAAAUGUACAUCCCAGAGCCCGUUAGAUCGCACCAAUCUGCCCAAGUUCCUCACCCAGCCGCUAUCGACGACAAGAUCCAUACUGACGAUGCCGCCAGCAGCGAUCACACCGGUCACCCAACCGAAAAGGUUGUUGUUUGA